ACUCAAACAGAAGCGGCAAAGCAAAAAUUCAAAGAUCGCUCCCCACUAUAAAAGCCCCUUUCCCCUCAUUAGUCAAAUCACCACAUUCACUUGAUUAGGUGAAAAAUCGAACUGUUUGGAAGGUGAAAAAAUUUUCCGAGAAAAUGUCAGGGAGAGGAAAGGGAGGAAAGGGGUUGGGAAAGGGUGGGGCAAAGAGGCACAGGAAGGUGCUGAGGGAUAACAUCCAAGGCAUCACCAAGCCCGCCAUUCGAAGACUUGCUCGUAGAGGCGGAGUGAAGCGCAUCAGCGGCCUCAUCUACGAAGAAACCAGAGGGGUUCUCAAGAUCUUCUUGGAGAAUGUGAUUCGCGAUGCUGUGACUUACACUGAGCACGCCAGGAGGAAGACGGUGACUGCCAUGGAUGUGGUCUAUGCUCUCAAGAGGCAGGGAAGAACCCUCUAUGGUUUCGGAGGUUAAAUCUAGCAUAUGUAAUCAAAUCCCUUCUUUGAUUUGGGGCCUUUGUAAAACUUGUUAUGAUGGAACAAAGUGUUUGAUGGUUUUUGAAUCUGUAAUGGCAUGAUUUUUAAGUUUCUUCUGCUUCAAUCAAUGAAUAUAUAGACUUUUGAUA